AUGGAGGGUCACCUUGAUAACCUCAUUGACCACGAAAAAAUCAGGGUCCGGGCACAGCGCGUAGAAGGCAGCACCGAAGAAAAAGUUCGAACGAUUCAUGUUAUUCACGGCCCUCUCAAUUCCGAAGCCGCUCGCGUCCUUCGUGCCGAACUAUAUGACGCCACUUCCUCCAAGCGCAUCAUGAUGGUUGGUCCCAAGCCCAAGCGCCCAAAAACAGAUGACGGCUCCAAGUGGACCAUCACAUUUACCGAAAAGGACCUUAACCGCAUCCAGCUACCUCAUAACGACGCCCUCGUGAUCACGCUGCGUAUCAGAACCUUUAACGUCCGACGCAUCCUCGUUGAUCAAGGUAGCUCUGCCGAGGUCAUGUACUACUCUCUAUUUAAAGACCUGAAACUCUCGGAUACCGACCUCCAUCCCUCUGAAGUCCCCCUCAUUGGGUUCAGCAGAGCCCCGGUAUGGCCCCUCGGUAUGAUCACUCUCCCCAUUCGUGCCGGUUCGGUGGUCCUCGACAUGGAAUUUGUGGUGGUCGAUGUUCCUAGCCCAUACAACGCAAUCGUCAGGCGUACCUGGCUACACAAACUAAAGGCCAUCGCCUCCACUUAUCACCAAGUGGUCCGUUUCAUCGGCGCCAAUGGGCGACAGGAAGACGUAUACGAAGACCAAACCGCGGCCAAAAGAUGUUAUGUCAACGCGGUCCGAAGCAGUAAGCAGACCUCCCGGGUCAACUUCAUCGAGGUUCCCGAGGACCCAGUUCUAGAAGACGUCGGCAGACCUACCGACGAGAAAUCCAAAGAAGACCUCGUCACCUUUUCAAUCAUCGAAGACGGUUCUCGUUUCUUUCUCAUCGGUUCCUCACUCAGUAAUUCCGACAAGAGCGAGACGUUCGAUUUCCUUAAAAGAAACAUUGAAGUAUUCGCAUGGACCCCAUAUGAAAUGCCUGGGGUCGACUCCUCGUUUUUCUGCCAUGAGCUCAACAUUGACCAAGCCAAACGCCUCGUUGUGCAAAAAGCACGGCGAUCCUCCCCUAUCCACUCCGAGGCCGUCAUAGACGAAGUCAACCGACUCCUAAAUGCAAAGGCUAUCCGAGAAGUGCAAUACCCUAAAUGGCUAGCAAACACCGUCGUGGUAAAAAAGAAGAAUGGUAAGUGGCGAGUCUGCGUUGAUUAUUCCAACCUCAAUGAUGCUUGCCCGAAAGACUUUUUCCCCCUCCCGCGGAUCGACCAGCUCGUCGACACCACGGCCAGCCACGCCCGACUCAGCUUCCUGGACGCCUAUUGGGGCUACCAUCAGAUUGCCAUGAGCGAAGGCGACGUUGAAAAUACAGCCUUCAUCACCCCUCACGGGAUCUUUGGGUAUGUCGUUAUGCCCUUUGGCCCGAAAAACGCCGGUGCCACCUUUUAG